AGGUUGAGCCACAAAGUGUAGCGGCACAUGACAGGAAGAAUCCGGGAGGGAGACCAGGUUCUACAGGUGAAUGGAGUAGAUGUGAGAAGCAGGGACCAAGCCAUUCAGCUAUUCUCAGAAAGAGGCUCGGAAAUCAAGCUUCUGCUGGCCCGUCCACAAUUACAGCUGGAUGAUGGUUUUAUGGAGGACCAGAAUGUGACCUUGGAUGACCUUCACAUGGACAUUCUGGAGAAGCAUCACCGUGACAACAUGCAAAUCAUGGCCUCCAUGUUAGCUCGGGGUCACAUGGAGGAGGAAGGGGGGACAACAGACACCAAACACGAAAAAGACAGCGGCGUGGGGCGUACAGAUGAAAGUACGCGGAACGAUGAGAGCUCUGAGCAGGAUCCAUUUGAUACAGAGUGCACAAACUCUCCUGCGGCAACGUCAAAGUUCCGACGUAAGGAGCAGAAUUACAGUGACGACAGUGUCUUGUCAAACGAAGUGACCGACGUUACGGAUUACGGCAACGAAUGUGACAGUUUCCGAGCUCAUAUAGAGAGUCGUUACGUGAAUAACGGUAUGGAAUGUUCCCCUCAGAAGGGCUCGGUCAGAAAAGACUCGGUGAGCAGCAUCGAGCGUGAGCUGGCUCUACUCAACAAAGAGAUGGAAACCAUUCACAUGGAGUGUCAGGAAAUGUGUGAUAAACAUGCAAAGGACAUGGAUAAACAUCAGCUUCAACGAGAAGCUUUGCAAAUUAAAAGUCCACGAAUUGUGCCUAGAAUGGGAACAAGACUCGAAUAUUUAAGAUAUGUGCAAUUAUACGACAACCCAAAUUCUCUGGAUCGUCGUGAUACGUUACCCAAAGCUGCCAGUCAGCAACCAAGAACUCAGUGUGAGAAAGACGCGUCCACAACCACAAGUGCUUAUAACACAGGAGAGAGCUGCAGAAGUACGCCUCUAACACUAGAACUGAAUCAAGGCUCAGAGGAGGGGGACUUCAAAAACUCUAUGUUGUGUCUAGCUCCAUCCAACGCUAAUGUUUCAGCAUUAAGUGACACUGAGAAACAAACACAGACUCCGUGUGGACAGAAUGGUGGCUCGAGUGAUGACUACCAGUCCAUUGUGCCUGAUCACGAGUCGGCAACUCUCCAGAAACAGAACUGUAUGGGGGAGUCGCUACAGAACCUAUACAUGCAGUACGCUGACGUGAUGUACACUAACCAAGCCAACCUAGAGCACACUAUAGCUAUCAAGCAGAAACUCUUCCAGCAACAGAUUGAACAGAACCCCAUGAGGAACAGGAAAAACAAUGGACUUCCCCUGCAGCCUUCUGUCUCUAGUGCUAGCUCUGUAAGUGGACAGGGCGAGGUAAAAUCUAGAGACAGUCCAAAUGUCUCCAGAGAUAGUCCAAAUGCCACUCCACCAGACAGCAGUGGACAGAUGGAGUGGGUCGUGAAGCGCCGUCCAGACGGAACUCGCUAUAUCACGCGUCGUCCAAUGAAAAGUAAGCUUCUGAAAGAGAGAGCAAAGAAAAUUUCAGAAGAAAGAUGUGGAAUGACAACGGAUGAUGACGCAAUGAGUGAACUGAAAUUUGGACGUUAUUGGUCGAAGGAAGAGCGUAAAAGACAUUUAGAAAAAGCACGUGAUCACAAACGAAAACGAGAAUGCAUGAUGAGAGCCAAAAUGGAAACUCUGAAAGAAGCAGAGGAAAAGAAAGAAAUAAACAUUGUAGAACUCAGUCAUCGAAAAAUGAUGAAGCAUAAAAAUAAGAAAGUGUUAGACAAUUUUGUGACAGUUCAGGAAAUGCUGGCUCACGGAAGUCGUGUGUCUGAUGGGAAGACCUAUAAUCCCCUCCUCUCCGUGACAACAGUUUGAUUUCAUCUGUGUGAUAGUGGAUGCUUGGAUUAUUAAUUUGCAUAAAUUUGCAUAAAUGUGAUAUACUGUGUAGUAAUGUGAUUAUUCAGAGAGAGAGAGAGAAAGAGAGAGAGAGAGAGAGAUUAAAGAAUUUCUUGUAUAAUAUAUUUAAACAUGUUUUUUGUGUUAUAUAUAUAAAUGUAUAUGGUGUUCCACUGAAACAUUUUUUUUUCAUGGAGUUUUGUUUCAGCCAUGGAAAUAACUGAUUCUGCAAGAUACAAUAUGUCUUUGUUGGUAGAUGAAAGUUCUUUAUUAUUAUGGAUUGGUGGUUGCAUAUUGCAGCUGUAAAUUAAAGUGCUCUAAGUCAUGAAUAUAUAUACUUCAUUCACAUGUGAUAUUUAAGUAGUAGUGUAUGUAGAGUUCUGUUGAUGUCGGAUAUUCACCGUCAGAGGUGUAAGUCAGGGAGAGAGAUUUUCCCCCUAUUCUAUUCAUCUUUUUUGUUUCCAUGUUUCACAAUGACAGUGAAAAAAUUCAUUAGAAAAUAAAUUGUCAUUACUUUGAAAAGAAAUGAACCAAUGUAAAAUCCACACUCUGUGCAUUGCUUUCUUAUGAAAGCAUAUCCUCCAAAUUUUCACUAUUAUUAAGUAUAACAUAUUGUACCAAAAAUUGUACUGUCAUUUGUUAUACAGAUUGUAAGAAUUCCACUUGUUCUGAAUUACUGAUUGUUAGUCCCUGUAUAUUAUACUAUAGUAAUAAAAUAUUAAACAUACAUGUAAAGAGCACCGUAAAAAUUCUUAGUGUCUAAAGCAAGAUAUAUCAAAACUCCUGUAUACUAGUCAAAUUACAAAAUCACAUAAUUUAAUAUUUCAUAGACUUUGUUUAUUUUGUCUGUUGUUAUAAACCUGGUUUAAGUUUCUGAUCCAUGUGUAGAAACAUACAUCACCUGUGAUCACGUGCUUAGUUACAAACGUUGUCAGUAGAAACUGUCGUCAUGGUAACAUUUUGACAGAUUUUGUGCUUCAUUUUCCUGAAUUCAGUGAUAUGAGAACAUGAAUAAAUUAUUGUUUUAUAUUUGUGACAAGAA